AUGGAGCCCGGCAAUUAUACCACUUUGGACGGCGCCAAGGAGAUUGAAGGCUUGCUGGGAGCUGGAGGGAGUCGGAACCUGGUCACCCACUCCCCACUGACCAGCCAUCCAGCGUCGGCGCCUACGCUGUUGCCUGCUGUCAACUACGGCCCCCUGGAUCUGCCAGGCUCUGCGGAACCGCCAAAGCAGUGCCACCCAUGUCCCGGGAUGCCUCAGGGGGCGUCCCCAGCUCCAGUGCCUUACGGCUACUUUGGAGGCGGGUACUACUCCUGCCGAGUGUCUCGAAGCUCGCUGAAGCCCUGUGCCCAGGCGGCCACCCUGGCCGCCUACCCUGCGGAGACUCCCGCGUCCGGGGAGGAGUACCCCAGCCGCCCCACCGAGUUUGCCUUCUACCCGGGAUACCCGGGACCCUACCAGCCUAUGGCCAGUUACCUGGAUGUGUCGGUGGUACAGACCUUGGGCGCCCCUGGGGAGCCUCGUCAUGACUCCCUGCUGCCUGUGGACAGUUACCAACCCUGGGCCCUCACCGGUGGCUGGAACAGCCAGAUGUGUUGCCAGGGAGAACAGAACCCCCCAGGUCCUUUCUGGAAGGCAGCAUUUGCAGACUCAAGCGCACAGCAUCCGCCUGACGGCUGCGCCUUCCGUCGAGGCCGCAAGAAGCGCAUUCCCUACAGCAAGGGACAGUUGCGGGAACUGGAGCGGGAGUAUUCGGCUAACAAGUUCAUCACCAAGGACAAGAGGCGCAAGAUCUCGGCUGCCACCAGCCUCUCAGAGCGCCAGAUCACCAUCUGGUUUCAGAAUCGCCGGGUGAAGGAGAAGAAGGUCCUCGCCAAGGUCAAAACCAGUGCUACUCCGUGA